AUGAUGGUGGAUAAAGAAGAAGAACCAAUAUCUUCUUCAACAACAAAGAAAGAAUAUACAACAACAUCAUCAACAACAUCAACAACAAAAACAUUUGAAAAAGAGAUCGAUCAUCACCAAUCAAAUAAUCUAUCAAAUUAUUAUCGUCAAUCUAUAGAUUAUAUCAAAUCUAUUGACCAUGUUAAAUUAUUAAUUUGGAUUGCCUAUGCAUUUGCAUUGAAAUGUACAAUACAAUAUGCAUUCAUUUAUCCAUACUUUGACUACAAAGAGUAUUUACUUGUCAAUGACUAUACACAAUGGAUACUACAGAGAUCAUUUGCAGUGAUUUCAUUUAUAUCAUUUUAUUCUCUCAAGGUUCAAGUCAUCACACUACUCGGUAGAAAUGGUAUUCUCCCCAUAUACUCUUUUAUCAAAGAACAAUCAGAGAUUAAAAAGAAAGGUUUUUGGUCAAAGCCAUCACUAUUUUACUUCUUUUCUCCAGAUUCACUUCAAGAUUGGCAUUUAAAUAGUUUAUGUUCAAUUGGAAUGAUUCUAUCUAUAUUUUAUUUUAUGGAUAUUUUACCAACCCUAAAUAUUUUAUUAUUGUACAUUAUAUUUUUAUCAUUCAAAAAUGUUGGAAGAGAAUUUUUUCAAUUACAAUUUGAUAAUUUACUUUGUGAGGUUUAUGUAUUGUCAUUAUUGACACCUCCAUUUAGAAUUAUCCCCUUUUUUCCAAUAUAUACGCCUAGAUUCUAUCAAAUAACAAUGUGGGCAUUAUAUUUUUGGUUGACUGUCAGAUUAUUUACUGCAAGUGGAUUGUGCAAGUUGACUAGUCAUGACCCUAAUUGGAGAAAUGGAACAGCACUUUCAUAUCAUUAUUGGUCUCAACCAAUGCCAAUGUGGACAAGUUACCUUUUCAACUCUCUUCCAAAUUUUAUCAACAAAUUAUCUUGUUACCUACAUUUUAUCAUCGAAAUUGGUUCACCGCUAUUAUUAUUUGAAAGUUAUAAUCAUUAUGUUGCUUAUUUUAAUGUUGGAGCAUUAGUUUUAUUACAAAUAAUGAUUCUAGUUAGUGGAAAUUAUGGAAUAUUUAAUUUACUAGCAAUUCAAAUCUCAUUAUCACUUUUACAAGAUGAUUGUGUACCAAAUUCAAUUAAAGAAUAUUUAAAUGAUAAAAUUUAUAUCAAUUCAACUGCCAAAAGUUCAGGUUUGAUUUGGGAACUUGCAUGGGAUUCAAUCGCGCUUGGCAUUUUACUAUUUUAUCUUUCCUUGUCCUAUAUUCCACUAUCUCAAUUAUCAAGAAACAGAAUGAAUUAUAAUAAUUUAUUAAUUAAAAUAUAUAGUGUUGUAUCUAAAUUUGGAUUAAUGAACUAUUAUGGAUUAUUUGGAACAAUGACAACAACUAGAAAAGAAAUUAUUUUUGAAGGAUCAAUCGAUGGAAAAGAAUGGAGGCAAUAUGAAUUUAAAUGGAAACCGGGUGAUCUUGAUAGAAAACCAAGGUUUAUUAUUGGACAUUUACCAAGGUUGGAAUGGAGAUUAUGGUUUUGCCAAUUUCAAGUAGCUCCUAGUUUUAGAGGAGAACAGUGGUUGGAUAGUCUUUUGGAAAAGAUGUUGCUCAAUGAAGAAGAUACUGUUUCAGUGUUUUUGAGGAAUCCAUUCCAAAGUGAACCACCAAAGUUUAUGCGAUGUCUUUUGGUGCCAUACAAAUUCUCAAAAAAUACUCCUAUCGACCAAUUCUUUAACCGAGUCAAGUCAUAUCUCCUGCCUCAACUAUAUGUACAAAUAGUUAAUCUUGGAACUGAAAUGUUACCAAAUGAAAAAAUAUCACCCUCCAUGUCAUCAGUUUUAUCAAAGGAAUUAGAGAUUGGAUAUAAAUAUUUAGAAGGUUUUAUUUUGUUUUCUUUAUAA